UUUUUUUUUUUUCAUUUAUCUAGAGGACGAUCUGUGCGUUUUUCUUUUUUUCUAUUGUUCCUUUUGUUCUCCACUUUGGAUGUCCGUAUGUUCUUUUUUGACAGUGUUUGGCUAACGUUGCUUCUUUGCUGCUUUUUUAAUUUCGUCCAUACACAAGCAUCUCCUGAAAAUCCGUACAUUUGGCAAAUUUUAGCCCAGUAUGAUUUACCUGCGUCAAAUAAGACCAAAUUAUAUUUAAAAGAUACCUCUUUUAAGAUAUAUAGUCAAGACUUUCAAACCGUCUUUAAAAACAAGGAUAUAUUUGGUCACAACGAGCGACUUGUUCUGGAUCUAGGCGAUGCCUGUAACGAAACAACCAUUGAGGACAUUGAGAAAUUGAAUGGUAACUGGGCAACUAGUCCUUCCAUGAUGUCGCAACCUUCUAUUGGUCUCGUUCAACGAGGCGGAAGGUGCUUAAAAUGGUCUGAGAAAAUCGCAAACGCUCAAAAUUUAUCAAAUUCAUACGGUCUUCAAGUCUCUGGUAUUGUGAUUCAUGAUAAUAUCUCGUACCCUGAAACCACAUUUAUCCAAGAAGAGACCAACAAUGCUGCUUUCCCCACUUGGCAAAACCCUUUACCCCCUCACAGAGAUAUCAAGACCAUGACACAAGAAAAUGAAAUUGACAUUGGUUCGACCUUUGUCGCUGUUUAUUUUGUGCCUUACUCCUACAUGGAAUUCUUGAAUCGGACCUUGUUAAAAAAGACGUUUGAGAAGGAUGGUACAAAGCAGACUUAUACUCAACUGACUUUCUCUCUCGCCGAAAGUCAUUUUGUCACAUCAAGUGACCCCGGCUUGUCGGGAACGUCAACAGACGAUGAAGACGACAACCUCUGGGAAAAGGAACGAGAGAAACGAAAUUACAUCAUUUACUCUGUCACUGCAGCCGUCAUUUUGAUUAUAGCCUAUAUUUUAAUUCGCUGGGUUAGAGCUGUCAGAAGAGCUUCUGUGGAGGACCUGGAACGCAACCUACAAGGAAAUAUGCUGAGAGAUUUAAGGCGCGAAGGCCGUAUUAUACCUUUCCUUGAAUUGGAGAAAGUCUGUCCUAUUUUACUGUACAAGGAUACGACCAUGACAAAUUCUUCCUGUGCCAUUUGUUUAGAUGACUUUAAGGACGAUUUCUUUGUCCGUGUACUACCGUGUCACCAUGGUUACUGUACCGCUUGUAUUGAUGUAUGGCUCACCAAGAAAUCUAGUCUAUGUCCAAUUUGUAAAACAGACUGUAAACCAACCACGACUACUAUCGUCAAAGUAGAAGAUGAUACUACAGCAACGGAUGACUCUUCUACAGCAAAUGACUCUACUACAGCAAAUAACCCUACCACAGCAAAUAACUCUACCACAGCAAAUAACUCUACCACAGCAAAUAACUCUACCACAGCAAAUAACUCUACCACGGCAAAUAACUCUACCACAGCAAAUGACUCCACCACAACUAAUGGUGGGAGCUUGGGUCAACAAGUAGAACCAACAGUACGCCCAUAGUCUUUUUCGCAGGCCGAAAGAAGUCAAAUCUGUAUAUCUUAUCUUUAACACUCUUUUUUUUUGUCUCGGGAACAACUGGAUCCCGAGCUUUAUUAUACAUGUCUUGAUAAAAUAAAUUAUCCCUCCUAUUCAAUUUA